ACCCAUUUUUCACAAAAUCUUGCUUUUUAUAUCUUCUUCAAACUCACUCUACAUAAAAUUCUUGCCCAAAAAUUUGUUGAAAUUCUGUAUUCACACACCCGAAAAUAUAUAAAAUUGUGUCCAUAAGCAUGGCUUCCACUGGUAUUUUAGGUGUAUUCCCAAAUACCCUUUCUGUGUCUCUUCACUCGCCAAAAUGUUGCAGUAAUCUGAGCCCUUCUCAGUUUAUAUCUUCGAAAUCCCUUUUCAAAUUAAAGAAGCAAACUUUAAUUUCUGGUAUUCAAAUUAAGCAACUCAAGAAUCCCAAACUUCAGACUGCGCCCAUCAUUUAUGCCGCACAACCCAAUUUCUUGAAAGUUUUUCAAACAGUGUGGAAGGUCGGAAAGGAUGGAAUUGAAGCAGGAACUAGCUUUGUGCCUGAUUCUAUUCCAAGACCGAUUGCAAGGAUUUCCAUAACUGUAAUUGCUGUGACCUUGGCACUUUUUGUACUGAAGUCAUUCCUGUCUACAGCAUUCUUUGUUCUGGCUGUAAUGGGACUAAGUUAUUUCACAUUCAUAGCAUUGAAUAAGGAUGAAGGGCCAAAAGGGGGUGGUGGACCUGGUGGUGAAGGAACUACUUCUGUUGAAGACAGUUUAGAAGAAGCAAGAAGAAUUAUGGACAAGUACAAGUAAGGAAAUCUUGUUUUUCAAACGCCUUCUAGCUCCUGUGGUAAGGUAAGCAUGCGCAUUUUGCACCAAAGAGUCAAUUUUUAAUUUAGGGAUAGUCUUCAAUUCAGCAUUGGAUGGUUGCACAGGUAUGCACGAAUGAGACCGACUCGUGUUGAAACAAUGAGUUCUCAAAACAAUGCUGUAAGAGCACUAUAUGUCAUGAUUGUAUUGUACUAAUCCACGGCUAAACAGUUUAACCAAAGUCCAUAUAACUUUAGCCAUGAUUCUUUUGUGGGUCGAAGAUUUAGUAGUUUCUUAGACCGGGAAAGGGAAAAAGGGCAUAGUUUGGUUUCCGAAUCCGAGUUUCUGGUAUUUGUCAUCAGGUCAUUAGUGAUGAGUUUGCAGUCAUAACAUAAGGAGAAUGCCAGGAGCGUGAUAGUACUCAAACAAAGGAUACCUAAAUGCAUUUGUUUGAUUUGCAGUACUGUACGAAGGUGUCAACAUAAUUAUUUCAUUUAAUCACGUUCACUACUGUCAAA